AUGGAACAGUCAGCCAAAGUCAUGAAGGGAAUGGGAUUUUUCCUACAUUUGACAUACUCACCCGAUACGAACUCCUAUAUGGAUUAUCACGUCAAUCGUUCGUUGGAAAAUUGGCUAGCGAACAGAUUUUACGACGAAAUUGAUGAUUUGAUGGCCGAUGUCAAGAUAUGGAUCGCCUCCAAGAAUCGAAACUUUUUCGCUUGUGGAAUCCGACCGCCUAGUAAAUGUGAAGCAGUGCUUGACGUAGAUGGUGGGCAUGUUCCCAAGCAAUUAUUUGAACAUGUCUUUGUCAAACAUUUCUUAUCGUUUCUUUGA